AUGGCCACUCCUUCAACGUUGAGUUUGAUGACUCCCAGGACUGUGCAGCUUCACUUGGUUCACUGGAACACCAAAUAUGGAGAUUUUGGGAAAGCUGUGCAGCACCCAGAUGGACUGGCUGUUUUGGGUAUCUUUUUGAAGAUCGGACCUGCAACAAAAGGCCUUCAGAAAGUUCUUGAUGCACUGGAGUCCAUUAAAACAAAGGGGAAGAGUGCCGCCUUCACUAAUUUCGAUCCUCGAUCCCUUCUCCCUGGAAACUUGGACUACUGGACAUACCCGGGCUCUCUGACCACUCCACCUCUGCUGGAAUGUGUGACUUGGAUUGUGCUUAAGGAACCCAUUACUGUUAGCAGUGAGCAGAUGUCCCAGUUCCGUAAGCUGAGCUUCAACGCAGAGGGGGAACCUGAGGAACAUAUGGUGGACAACUGGCGCCCAGCUCAGCCGCUGAAGAACAGAAAGAUCAAAGCAUCCUUCAAAUAA